AUGACCUUCUUUGGGAAACAGUCAAAUCCUCAGUACUGUAUUGUGGCUAAAGAUGCUUCAGACUGUGAGUCAAAUACCUCAAUUUUAGAUAUUUUGACUCAACGUCCAUCAGUCCAAAUGGAGAUUAUUAAUAAGCACAAUGACCUUAGAAGGAUGGCAAGUCCCAGUGCCAGCAACAUGCUUAAAAUGACAUGGAAUGACGUAGUUGCGAGGAAUGCUGCAAGCUGGGCAACCAAGUGUACCUUGUCUCACAGCCCUUCAUAUGCACGACAAAUCAGCUCCACUGGUUGUGGAGAGAAUUUAUACAUGUCCAGUAGUCCCAAAUCAUGGUCAGAUGCAAUCCAAUCUCUUUACGAUGAAGUUAAAGAUUUCAAAUAUGGAUAUGGAGGUACUCGAGCAAAUGCUGUAACUGGCCAUUACACCCAGCUCGUUUGGGCCACUUCCCACCAACUUGGCUGUGCAUUAGCCCACUGUCCUCACAGCAACCUUCAGUAUUACUAUGUUUGCCAUUAUUGCCCUGCCGGGAACCACUAUAAUACCAUCAGGACCCCAUACAAAAGAGGGAGACCAUGUCAAGACUGCCCGAAUCAUUGUGAUAAUGGGCUUUGCACCAAUUCCUGCAUGAAGGCGGAUAAGAUAACGAAUUGUGACUAUUUGGUCAGAAAAGUAGGGUGUAAUGACAAAAUCACAAGAGCAAAAUGCCAGGCCACCUGUCAAUGCCCUUCUUCAAUAAAAUAAAACACCUUUUAAGGCUGAUUCUUCAUCUCAAGAGCAAAG